AUGUCUGAAAUCAGAUUCAGCAAUCUCACUUGGGAUCAAGUUAUAACACUGCAUCAAGUGUUAGAUGAAGUAAUUCCAAUUCAUGGAAGGGGGAAUUUCCCCACGUUGGAGGUAAAACCAAAAGAUAUCAUUCAUGUUGUGAAAGAUCAACUGAUAAAGCAAGGAAUUAUUGUUAAAGAUACCCGAUUGAAUGGUUCCACAGCAAGUUGCAUACUUGCAAGCCACAAAGGCAUGAGCUAUAAGGAUCUGGAUGUUAUUUUUGGUAUUGAACUACCAAGUGAUCAAGAAUUUCAGCUUGUUAAGGACGUAGUUCUAGGUUGCCUACUCGACUUUUUACCAAAAGGUGUAAAAAAGGAAAAGAUUACCCUAAAGAUUAUGAAAGAGGCUUACGUGCAGAAGAUGGUCAAAGUUUGCAAUAAGCAUGAUCGUUGGAGUCUCAUCUCUCUUUCAAAUAACACUGGGAAGAAUGUAGAGCUAAAAUUUGUGAAUUCACUCAGACGACAAUUUGAAUUUAGUGUAGAUUCCUUUCAAAUUGUCUUGGAUCCCAUGUUAGAUUUCUACAGUGACAAAAGUGGUAAGCUAACCAAAGAAUUAUAUCCUGUUGUGGUAGCUGAAAGCAUGUAUGGAGACUUCCAAGAAGCAAUGACACACUUGGAGCACAAGCUUAUAUCUACCAGAAAACCUGAAGAAAUUAGAGGUGGUGGCCUUCUGAAAUACAGUAACUUGCUGGUUCAUAACUUUAAGCCAGUUUGUGAAGCAGAAAUGAAGACCCUAGAACGUUAUAUGUGUUCUAGAUUCUUCAUUGAUUUUCCUGAUGUAGCAGAACAGCGAAAGAAGAUUGAAUCAUACCUCCACAACCAUUUCAUAGGUGAAGAAAAGAGCAAGUAUGACUACCUCAUGACCUUGCAUGGAGUUGUGAAUGAAAGCACUGUUUGCCUCAUGGGUCAUGAAAGAAGACAGACCCUCAAUAUGAUCACGCUUAUGGCCUUAAAAGUACUUGGAGAACAGAAUAUCCUACCUAAUACAGACAAGGUAACUUGCUUUUAUCUGCCUGCUCCAUAUUUUGCUGCUGGGGGAGGGUCCCCUAUGUAUUAUGUAACAUCUAUACUACCACCUACAUUGUUUCAGCCAUACCACCCACUACACUUUCAUGUGCCAAAUGGUAUGGCUUAA